CCCUCCACAUACACAUUCCCUCCCUUCUCCUCCUCUCGCAAUUCUCUCCACCACGGUCUCGCCGUGCCGCCACAGCCUCCAGCAAGAGCCUAUGAGAGAUAGCGACGGCGAAGGGGCCGGCGGCGGAGUCCCGCGCUCGCACCCCUCCAACAUCCCUCUGCCGAUGUCGCACUCCGACCCCAACUACUCGGGCACGGACGACGAAUGCUCCAACAGGCAGAGCAGCUCGUCGGCGACGGGCGGCGGGUUCUACAAUGACUACCCGUCCAGCUUCAGCGGCGAGUGCUCGCCGUACAACAUGUCCCCCUGGAACCAGACCAUGGCGUCCCCCUGGUCCCACCACAGCGAGGCGUCCAUGGCCGCGCCCGCGAUGGCGCCCGGCACCAGCCUCAUCAGCUCGCUCGUCAGGGAGGAAGGCCACAUCUACUCUCUCGCCGCCAAGGGCGACGCGCUGUACACCGGCUCCGACAGCAAGAACAUCCGCGUCUGGCGCAAGCAGAAGGACUCCGGCGGCUUCAAGUCGUCCAGCGGCCUCGUGAAGGCCAUCGUCAUCUCCGGCGAGCGCAUCUUCACGGGCCACCAGGACGGCAAGAUCCGGGUGUGGAAGGUGUCGCCCAAGAACGGCCUGCACAAGCGCGUGGGCAGCCUGCCGCGGCUGCGCGACUUCCUGCGCGGCUCUCUCAACCCGUCCAACUACGUCGAGGUGCGCAAGAACCGCUCGGCGCUCUGGAUCCGGCACAGCGACGCCGUGUCGUGCCUGAGCCCCACGGACGCCGGGCAGGGGCUGCUCUACUCCGGCUCCUGGGACCGCACCUUCAAGGUGUGGCGCAUCAGCGACUCCAAGUGCCUCGAGUCCGUGGUGGCGCACGACGACAACGUCAACGCCAUCGUGGCGGCGUACGACGGGCUGGUGUUCACCGGCUCCGCGGACGGCACGGUCAAGGUGUGGAAGCGGGAGGUGCAGGGGAAGGGGACCAAGCACUCGCCCGUGCAGACGCUGCUGAAGCAGGAGCACGCCGUGAACGCGCUCGCCGUGAGCGCCGUGGCGCCGGUGCUCUACUGCGGCUCCUCCGACGGGCUCGUCAACUGCUGGGAGGGCGACAGCAAGCUCGUCCACGGGGGCGUGCUUCGCGGGCACAAGAAGGCCGUCUUCUGCCUCGCCGCGGCGGGAGCGCUCCUCUUCAGCGGCUCCGCCGACAACACCAUCAUGGUCUGGCGGCGCGACGCCGGCGUGCACUCCUGCCUCUCGGUGCUCUCCGGCCACACCGAGCCCAUCAGGUGCCUCGCCGUCGUGGAGUACAACAAGGAGAACGUCGCGGCCGCCGCCGCAGAGACCGGAGACAACAGCGGCGUGGGACGGUGGAUCGUCUACAGCGGCAGCCUCGACAAGUCGAUCAAGGUGUGGCGCGUGACCGACGAGCCGGCGGACACGCUGCUCGGGGGCUCCGUCGGCGAGGGGUCGCAGAUGUUCGACCGGUACCCGGGCGACCCGUUCGGGGCAAGCAGCUCGACAUCGUUCCGCUAAGGUCGUCGACACGUACGCGCCAACGGAACGCACAAGUUUUGAACAUCUUGACGGAUUAACCAAAGGAGUUUCUGGAUUUUGUUCAUAUAUAUACUGUUGAAGACGAUCGGUGAGAAUUGAACGGCACGAAAACAUCAUGCCCGGGCAUAUAUAUACAUCUGGAGUUGUGAUAUAGUGAUGGAUCUAGGUAAGUUUGCUGCCUUUCAGAGCAUCAGGGCCAAGGGACAUUUUGGCGCAUGCUUAUAUAUUUGUUGUGUAAUAGUUGAACUUAACUUGAUUUUAUGUUCUAUAUGGGAAAAUCAAUAAAUGACCAAUUAAUUAAAUUCUAA